AUGAAGCCACCCACAUCCUCCUUGCUGAGGUUCCUCUUCCUCCUGGCUGCUCCGCUUGUCUCUCAGGCUGCCUCCGAUUCUUCUGCUCCGAAGGAUGCCCUCUCUCCCUGCGUCGUUCGCUCUCCCACGACCGGCCUAUUCUACGAUCUCAACACCAUCUCCUUAUCUCCGCCCCCAGUAGACGGGGACAAACCUCGCAAAGGCGCUCGAGACGAGAGUUGGCACGCCAGAGGGCACGAUUACAAUGCCAACUUUACGUUAAAUAUCUGUGCGCCCGUGGUCGAAGAUAUCAAGGAUGUGGUGGGAGUGGACCGCGCAAGGUGGAGGAAUGUUAGCGCCUACUACGAGAGGGAGGGUAAAGUCUACUCCAUUGGUCAACAAGCAUCAGACCCCUUCUUCCGCGGCCGAAAGCUGGUUAUGAACUAUACCAAUGGCUCCCCUUGUGCCGGCGACUACAUCGGAAAUGCCGCCCGCACCAAAUCCACCAUCAUGUCGUUUCUUUGUGAGCGCGAUACCCCUGCCUCUCAGGCGACAGUCUCCUUUGUCGGCACCAUGGACCAGUGCACAUACUUUUUCGAGGUUCGAAGCUCUGCCGCUUGUGGCGCGACCGCGCCCACACCGGAUAACCCGGGUCUUUCGCCAGCCGGCGUUUUCGGCGUAAUUGCGUUGAUUGCCGUGGCGGCCUACCUGGUCGGUGGUUGCGCAUACCAACGAACUGUCAUGCACCAGCGCGGUUGGAGACAGUGCCCGAACUACAGUCUUUGGGCGGGAAUGCUCGACUUCAUCAAAGACAUGAUCAUCAUCCUCUUCUCCUCCCUGGCCCGCCUCCUCCGCUUAAAACGCUCCCCGACUCUCGGCCACGGCCACACCCGCGGUAACAGCGUCAACCACCGCGGCAGUUUCGGCCGUCGAGGCAGUGACGUGGAUGCCGAAAAUCGACUGAUAGAUCAGUUAGAUGAGGAGUGGGAGGAUUAA